CACACUAUUACACACACUCUCUUACACACACUCUCUCACACACACUCUCUCGCUCACACACACACGACUAGGGGUGUGUGGAUAGUUGAAGACGAUCCCUCCCUCCCCCCUGUCGAAGCAAAGCAGCGCCGGGGAGUCGAGACGAAGCUUCCUACCACCAAAGCAAUGGACGAGGCAGCGAAGGAAGGACAGAUGCACGUCCUGCAGCACAAGUUCGCAAAGAGAACGUGGCGCAAGGUCCACGGCGCGCUGUACUCGGGCAGCACCUGCGGCGUCGCUCGCCUCGAGCUGCUCGAGGGCAAGGACGCCGCAGAGCGGCACAGCCGCAGCAAGGAGAAGAAGAUCAUCAAGAUGGCCGACUGCGUGAGCAUCAAGCGCAACGAGGAGCUCGGAGCCCCGCGCGACUGCCUCGUCCUGCGCCUUGAGACCACGGCCAAGGAGUAUUACCUGGCGGCCGAGAAAGCGGACUUCGGCGAUUGGUUCUGCCAACUCUGUCAGAUUGCCUUCCCGCAGGCGGCCUCAGGAUAUGGAUCAUUUGAUAAUGGCCUUGGCUCUAAGCCCCUGGAGAUGGAGGAGAACAGCAUCUAUUCUUCUGCUGACGAAGUGGACGAGUUCUUGGUGGUGACCCAGAAGACGGAGGCGUCGGAGCGGAGUAAGCUGCAGGGGAAGUACAUCCUGAAGGUGAACCAGGAGAGGCUCGAGCUCAUGGACCAGAAUACGCGCAUUGUGCUGCAGUCCUGGGCACUUGACUCCCUGCGCCGAUACGGCAAGGACCAGAAAAUGUUCACGUUCGAAGCUGGACGUAGGUGCCAGACUGGACCGGGCAAUUUCAUUUUCGAGACGACCCAGGGAAAGGAAAUAUUCAAUCUUAUCGUCAAUUUCAUCAGCAAACUGCCACCAGGAAAUCAUGGUGGCGGCACCAACGUGGACCCCAGCGCAACUCACUUCUCGCGAGGGAACGCUUCGCCAGUGCGUCACGUGGAGGCCGAUGAAUUCCUGCACGCUGUAGGACCUGCGGCCGACGGGAUGAAGCUCAUGUCACUUAAACCUGAGGGGGCGAUUCUGCUGCCCUACGGCGGAAAGCCUAACGGGGGCAAGAUGUCACCGUUGAAGUUUGCCCCCUCUCCGAAUUCGGAGCCCGUUUUUCCGAAUAAGAAUUCAAAGCGGAAUAGCGAGCCCGUCUAUUCGGAGGUUUACGACGGUUGUCUGCUCGGCAAGAACCGUGGGCCAAACAGCCAGCCCCCCCGGGCAGAGCACAUUUACGACGAUCCUGAAUACGCUGCUCGUAGCAGCACUGCGAAGACCAUCUACAGCACCAUUCAUUGCAAAGAUGACGUCCAGAAAGAUGAGGCUGCGUCAUGGCCGGCCGCGCCAGUACCCCCUGCAAAGCCACAUUUUCCAAAGCCAAGUGAUCGACCGAUCAAAGUUCCGCUCUUGCCCAGUCGUCCGAGCCCCGCGUCCGUAAAUGUUGAUGAUGAUGUGUCAGCCCUCUACUGCAAGGUGAACAAGAAGGCUCCAGCGGUGGUGCGAGUGAGAAGCUGCGAUGAGUUAAGCUACCCCUCUGCUGCCCAUACAGAGGAUUCCUUUGAAGAGAAAGCCAUAGCGUUUUAAACUAAUUGUGGAGUUGUCUUGAUUCAAUCUUUCGUAUAUCCAAACGUGUUGGCCUGCUCAAAACGCGUGCCACAUGUCGCUUUGGCAUUUGUCAUUUACGUUGAUGAUGAAUAUCACCGCGAAGUUUGGUGUAAGAUAAUAAUGUGCUCAUUGAUCGGAUAUUUUAUCCAAUUAAUCAACCUCUAUUCACUUUUUAUUUUUAAAUCCGCACUAUAAUCCAUUGUGGUCGUUUUGCCCGCUAGUAUAUUUAUGCAUUUUUCAUCAAUGAAGUUUAAUUUGUUGGGAAAUUAGUUUGAUCCCUCAUUAUAAUUUAACUUUUUUUAUGGUUUAAUGUGGUGUAGAUUUGUCUGAAAUAAACAUUCCAUACGACCGUAUAUUGACGAAAGAAAACUCAACACGAGCGUCAUUAACACUGUGGCCUUAAAAAGAUAAAUGUGUAAUAGGCGAUGUGUCGGGCACAAUGGCUCUUCUUUAUCGCAUCCUAUUUACGAAUGUGAAUUUUUGUUAUUUGUGCACCGCUGCCAGCAGAGUGUUGCCAAAUAAUUAUUUUGUAGAGGGUUGGAAUAACAUUAAAAGAUUGAACUGGAGGUUCAUUAUCAUUGUGAAUACAAUUUCCAAACCCAGCUUUGUUCUCUCCAUCGUCAAUAGAAUGUGAACCACAUGGAGACAGCUCCACAACUUCUCACCCAGUGAACCUUGGAGUACAGAUACACAGAUAUUUCUUGACUCAUCACGAACAACAAUGACAUAUCUUUACGAAACCCAGUUAUACGAAUUUAAUAAAAAAAAUAAUUUAACACUUAAACACUUCUCAACGAUUCUCAUCCUGUCUGGGCCAGCCCAGCUAUGGGCCUCUGUAUAUAAUAACACCCUCGCACACACAUUAUGAGCACCACACGAACCUACAAAGCUUCAUAUUUUGCCAGUUUACUUUCAAAUUCCGUAGGCUGGCCUACAUACACAGUGAUGGGUUACACGCCCAACUCGCUUAGCCUUGCGCGCCUGUAGUUUUCCCUGUGUGCUGUGUGUGUGUGUGGGGGGGUCGUUUGUCCGUGCACAAUAAUGCUGUAUGAUUAAUAGUGAAGAGAAAACGUUGACACUUUUGUUUAUUUUAAAGAAAUCCGUUUUUAUUGUUAUUUUGUUGAUAAUUAUGACUGUUGGUUUUUGGUGUCGUGUGGCUCCAGUUGGGGGUUGCAGUGAGGACUGCACAGUCCACUUGAGGACUUCUCGUCUCAGGUGACGCGUGCAGGUGGAUUCAUUGGCUUGCCCCCACUCAACUUCAACCAAACAAUCUCCCAUUACUCACAUGGUGUGGGGAGGCCUUCAUCCAGCAGGGAAUGAGAAAGGGCUGUAAACCCUGACUCGCUGUGAGUUGGGGUUCUUGUGCCAUGUCGCUCUACUCCAUUUUUGCUGUACUCCUGCCUAAUAGCUACCGUCAGCGGUACAACGUCGCGUAUCCGACCGUCCACACAUCCCUCCUAUUUAAUUCACUGGCCACAAACAGUGCACAUUGUUUGUGCGUGGUGCAACUCAUUAUCCAGAGUUGUUCACAAGCCCAAGCUUUUAACACGAGGGAGUGUUGGUGUUCAUAAUAUAAUAUUUGGUUAAAUUAUCAAGCAAAGUUAAAUCAUUUUGCCACGUUUAAAAAUAAGUUUGAGAUUUUUUUGUGUCUGGCAACAUUGGUGCAUAGUGUAACUAUCACUUUUACAGAUCUUAACCGAUCUGGUCACAUAUCAGCCUAUACCUCAGUCUGCAGUGGGCCGAUAUGCGACGUUGUACAGUAUGUGUAUAUAUUAUUAUACCACGUGUAUAUACAUAUUUAUGCACACUGUAUGACUUUACACAUAUAUUGUCACCUAGCAUUUUUAAAUAUCACCUCUUAACGUGUUUUAUAUUUAAAUUAGUGUACUUUUGGUGUAUUACUGAGUCUUAAUAUAAUAUUGGUCAUGUUUAAGUAUUGUUUUGCUUGUAAAUCAAAAACAAAUCUAAAAAUGA